GUCGGUCUGGAGGUCCGGGGUGUGUUGCAGGCAGAUCUGUGUACUGUAAUCAUCAAGCAGUUACUCUGUAGAACAUCUGAAGAGCUCAGAAGAUAUCACAGAGUCCUGAGUUUAACGAACCCGGCCCGUUAGGAGUGCCUGGUCCUCCGGUGUAAUCAUGUUUCCCAUCAUACUUAUUAUGUCAAUAUUAUGUCAAGCAGGUCACGCUGUUGACUACGGUACGGACUUUGUCACGGCGUUUCCGGAGAACCUUGCUUUCUACUUUCCGGCAAAUCUCGUCCUCAGUCUGAAAAUCACCACCUUCGUCCCUUACACUAAUGUUCAGAUCAUCAGCAAGGGUAUAGUUAUUAACACAACGUCCAUCAGCACCCCGCAGGUGUUUGUUGUGACGAUUCCUAACUUAGAGGUGAAUCAGAUCGGUUUCUCCAUUAACGUGCUCAGAAUCAUCAGCAACUACAGUAUCACUGUGGUUUCAAUCAGCAGUCGAAGAGACAGCAUACAGACCAACAUUGUUAUACCUACAAAUCGUCUGGGAGUGGAAUAUCUGGUCCCUGCCCCUAAUUACAACACGCUCGCUGUCCAGCUGAACAACUAUAACGUCUCCCAGUUCAUCAGCUCGACCACUGUGCCGACGGAUUUCAGUUUCAGCCUCAUCAUUAUUAACGCAGAAAAUGUUACGAACGUCGUCACCGUGACCCAAACAUCACCUACUCCGGGAAAUGGUGAUAUCAAACUAGACCCAUUUGCGCUGAUCCUGCUGCCAAGCAACUGUUCCUAUUCUAAAGUCUCAUCUUCUGCAAAAGUGGCUGUGAUCAUUACCAGUCCGUGUGUCGACACCCAGAAUUGCAGGUGUAACAUGGUUGCACACCAACUCCUACCCACCAACUUGAUGGGAACUGAAUUCUUCUUCCCUUCCUUGAAAGAUAAACUUCCCUUCACCUUCAGCCAGCUUUUCGUAACCUCAGCCGACAGUGUUGACCUCAGCUCUGGCUCUGAGAAGAAGACUGUCGCACCUGGUUCCACAGAUCUGCUUCCUUUUUACCCAGAAACCGGAAGCCCAGUCCUCACGACAACGCAGCCAGCGUUGCUCAGCUUAAUCAAUCCUGGCCUCAUAAUCGAUCUCAUACCGAAAAACAUGUUUUCUGGCUGCUACUUGUUUAUCCUGGAACGAUGUCAGUGA